AUGGCCCAAAGACAAGUAUCGGACGACCACGCUCUCCAAUUCCUAGCAUCCGAAGGCUACCUCCCUCUAGCCCUAUCAGACCACCCCGGAAUGGUAGAAGCAUACACCCAACUCUUCGCCCAGACCUCCAAGUUCUUCAACCUGCCCCCCGACUCCCCCGAAAAGACCAACCACCAAGCCGCCAGCGGCGCCGCCGCGAGCGAAGAAGGGUACUCGCAGAUCCCGCACGAGAAAUGCAUCAUGACGGUCAAAACCUCCACCCACUGCCCCUCGACCCUCCGCCCGGAGCUCCACACAGCCUGGGACCUCACGGGCGCUUUCCUGGCCAGCAUCACCACCGCCAUCGCCCACACCCUCUCCCUCGACCCGGCCGUCUUCUCCCCCUUCGUCGCCCCCUGCACCGCCUUCCCCCCCACCGAGCGCACCCCGACCCUCGUCCGCAUGUUCCGCUACGACCGCCCCGCCGCCGCGACCGCGGGGCCCAGAGUCAACGCCGAAAAGCACAAGGACCUCGGCCUGCUCUCCCUCGUCGUCGGCCGCUCCCCCGGCCUGCAGGCGCUCGAUCCCUCCUCCAACGCCUGGGUCUCCGUCGAAGAUGAGGCCAAUCUGCCCCCGGGCGCCGUCGCGCGCUCGGGCGGACUGACGGCCACGCUGCUGGCCGGCGAGACGCUCGCCUUCCUCUCCCGCGGCGUGUACAGAGCCGGUGUGCACCGCGUCGUGUGCGCGCCGUCCGCCGAGAACAAUGCUGCCGAUCCGUACCGUUUCAGCAUCGUGUACACGUUGCGCGCGGCGCCGGCGCCGUUGUUCACGAGGGAUUUUGAGAGUGGGGUUGUGGGGGCGUUUGGGCCGGGGGAGCGGGUGGAGGGGGAGAGCUCGGCGGUGAUGUUUGAGAGGAUCAUGAGGACGCAUUGGAAUGUGAAUGCGGCGCCGGGUGUGAGGGAGGAGCAGAGGAGGAAGUUUGAGGGGAGGAAUGGGGGUGGGGGGGUGGGUGUUGAGAGUAGGCAGGAGCGAGCGUCGGGAUAG